AUGUUUUUUAGUUUUUCAAUCAACAUUCAACGAGGGAGAGAUCACGGAAUUCCGGGAUAUAUUGCUUGGCGUAGUUUAUGUAAUUUGCCACAUGUCAAAGACUUUGCUGAUUUAAACACAACAAUUAGUAAUGAAAUUGUGAGGGAAAACUUGAAAAUUUUGUAUAAAAAAGUUGAAUUGAUUGAUAUGUAUGUUGGUGCUCUUUUAGAGGAUCCUAUUGAAGGGGCUCUUAUCGGUGGGUUUUUGAAAUUUAAGGGAGAAUUUUCAAAUGUUUUUACAAAAGUUAAUAUAAAUGAGGUCUGCUAGGGGUGGGAGAAGUCGAAAUAUACAAGGGUUUGAUGGACAAUGAUUUGGAGGGUUAUCGGGGUAAAUGGGGAUUACGGAUGAUUUUAGGCGAAUAAAAAGGGAUGCGGAGAGGAUAAGACGGACAUCGUGGAUUUGAAAUUUCGGAAGGCCACGGCAAAAUGCAAUGCAAAGCCAAAAGUUAACGCA